AUGGUCGCACUGAUACGACUCUUCUACCAGAAGUUCGAAUGCAGUGUCAGAGUUGAUGGACAACAGUUACUGUCAGAAUGCUUCCAUGUGAAGUCUGGCGUGCGACAGGGAUGUAUGAUCUCACUAAUUCUCUUCCUAGUCACCAUCGAUUGGGUGAUGAAGAAGACCUGUGACAGACCCAUAGGUAUCCAGUGGAUCCCAUUCUCCCAGCUUGAAGACCUUGACUUCGUCGACGACCUGACGGUGCUGUCUACCAAGGCAACCAACCUUCAACAGAAAACCAACAGGUUGAACAACUUUGCCAACAAGGUGGGUCUUACCCUCAGCUCUUCCAAGACCAAAGUCCUGAGCAUCAACAGUACUGAUGAAACCUUCAUCACUGUAAACGACGCCCCUCUUGAACAGGUCAGUGACUUCACGUAUCUUGGAAGUGUCAUUUGCAACGACAACGCAGCACAAAAGGAGAUACAAACCAGGCCCAGCAAAGUCAGAGGUUUCUUCGCCAGGCUCAAGCCAAUUUGGAAGUCAAGGCAAUACAGCAACACCAUAAAGCUCAGGCUCUAUUCCAGUUUUGUGAAGCCAGUCCUGCUGUAUGGUUCAGAGUGCUUGAGCGACAUGAAGAAAAUCAGUGUCUUCCACAAUGGUUGCCUUAGGAGAAUCUGUCGCAUUUACUGGCCAACGAAGAACUCUACAGGAGAACAAAUAGCCAGGAAACUUCCAUUGAAAUUAAACAACGCAGAAUGA